GCUCGUGGAACGACGCCCGCCGUAUCGCUCUAAACCGAUUUUCGAACUUCAAACCAAUAUAAUCGAUUCGCUUUUCGUGAACGAGUUGGAAAAAAAAAAAAAAAAAAAAAAAAAAAUCCCGCGUUCUCUCCGUGUGUGGAAUACCUCUAGUGAUUCAUGUGCGUUUCUCGAUCCGGUUUCUGCGUCACGCUACCUAUGAGUGCGCUGGAUUUGUGGAAAUAUUUACUCUGAUCUUCAAAUAUUGUGUCGCGGUUGAUUGUGUGUGGUGCUUGAAUUUUAUACGUCGCUCAGUUAAAGUUCCGUAUCGAAAGUUCUCGUUUUUUUUUUCGUCGCCGAUUUUUUUUCGAAACGCACGACCGAGAGUCAUGCCCUCGUCGGAGUGAAGAAAGUUUACGACCGCGGUUUGUUUUCUCCUGCGCGGGUCAAGCGAUAAAUUUUAUUAACUGUGCGCCCUCGAAAUCAACGCGGGUUUUCGGCGAAAAGUUCACUCGCGAGCUCGUAAAACCCCAUUCGCGGGAUGUAGUGUUUCCCCCGUCGUGUCAUAUUUUUUGUGCGCGGUAAAAGGUUCCGUGUCCGUGGAGUGUUUUUUCCCUCUUCGGAGUGACUUUCUUGGAUUAUCGCAGCGCGGGACAUCCCAUGUCACGGAUUUAGGAUACGGCGACCUGCACGAUGCACUUAGCUUACGUAACCCUCGCCGUCCUUUUGGUCGUGCACGAAAUCAGGGCCAGUCCCGGCUACUGCCCGUCCGUGUGUUCCUGCAAAUGGAAGAGCGGGAAAAGAACAGUCGAGUGUAUCGACAGGGGGUUGAUCACCAUCCCCGAAGGUAUCGAGAGUGAGACGCAAGUCUUAGACAUGUCCGGGAACAACCUCCAAAUCCUCCCCCGCGACACGUUCAUGCGGACGAACUUACUCAACUUGCAGAAGCUCUUCCUGCGGAGUUGCCGGCUCGGCCAGGUCGACGCCCACUCUCUCCGCGGCCUCACGAACCUGGUCGAGUUGGACCUGACCAACAACCUGCUGACCUACGUGCCGUCCUCGACGUUCCAGGACACGCCCUACCUCCGCGAGCUCUCCCUCGCCAAGAACCCCAUCCAGAAGAUCGACUCCUUCGCCUUCCACCUGGUGCCGAACCUCCUGAAGCUGGACCUGUCCAACUGCCAGAUCAAAGUCGUCUCGCCCAAGUCCUUCCAGGAGAUCGUCGCCCUGGACACGCUCAAGAUGAACGACAACCAGCUGACGUACCUCGGCCCGGACACCAUCGGGGACCUGAACAAGCUCCGUCGGAUCGAGCUACAUAACAACCCGUGGUUCUGCGACUGCUCCCUCCGCUGGAUGAAAGUCUGGCUCAACGAGAGGAACGUACCAUACUCUGUUCCGCCAAUGUGCGAUGGACCAGACCGCGUCCAGAACAAGGCCUUCACCGAGCUUCACAUCGACGAUUUCGCCUGCCGCCCGGAGGUCAAGUACGACAACCGCUACGUCGAGGCCGUCGAGCGGGGCAACGCCACCAUUUUCUGCCGCGUCCACUCCACCCCCGAGAGCCACAUCACCUGGUACAAGGACGGCAAGAUCCUCUUCAACGACUCCUACAUCUACAACCUCAACCAGAAGUUCGUCAUCCUCGAGAACGGUUUCACGGACAAGAUCUCCUCCCUCAUCAUCCGGAACAUCGAGGAGUCCGACGCCGGGCAGUAUUUCUGCGUCGUCGAGAACCGAGCUGGCAACACCGAGGCCAACUUCACACUCUUCGUCUCCAAGCGACUCAUUGGCGCCUCCGCCCUGGGUGACGGGCGCAUCAACACCCUCAGCCUCGUUCUCAUCAUCAUGAUCGUCCUCAUCCUGGGUAUCAUCGCCUUCCUCAUGAGUAAGAUCAAACGCCUCCCGAAGGCGACUGAAAUCAUCAACGAGAUCAAGAUCAAAAAGGACGAUAAAGGUGAGAAAGACAAGGAGUCGAAAGAGGACGACGACGAGACAGACGAAGAGAAGAUGUCGCAUGACACCAUCAGCUACGUGAAAGCCCCGCCGUAUACACCAGCCACCCACCCGGCUUACUACGACCAGUACGACCCCAAGCCCUUGAACAAACCACCCCCGCGACCGGUGAGUCUGUCGCAGUCCCAGACGUCCGAGUACCUGUACCCCCCGGGCUUCUGGGAGAACUCCCAGAACGAGUACCUGAAGAACACCGGGCGGCGGUUCGACGACCGGACGCCGAUCAUCAGCGACGUGCUGAGCGUGAGCGGCCUCUCCGAGGACGACUUCAGCUACCACAACACCCUGGCGGCCGACUACCCGCCCGACUACGGGCUCCCGAUCAUCCCGCCGACGACGAACCCGCCGGUCCCGCCGCUACCCGACGCCAAGACUCUGCGGGUGUGGCAGCGUGGUGUUCCGGUCCUCCCGCCGGUCAUGAGGCGGCCGCCGUCGGCCAUCAGCGAGGAGACCUACCGGGAUCGAGAGCGGGACGAGCACGGCACCAACGUCUGAGCCUCGCCGCUGUAAAGUAUGUAUAAAGUGUAUCUAGAUCGACUACCCGUAGUCCUUGUUGUUGUAUUGUUGUUGGAUGUUGGAAUUUUAGUUAUCGUUUCAGGGACUUCGAUUUUUUGUUUGGGCGAGCGAAAGCACAUCGGUGCGAACAACAUGCGAUUCCUGGCCGAGGGAACGUAACUUUAUUUCAAUGUUGCCAAAUUUAAUUUCAUAUAUUUUCUGUAUCCGGAUACUUUUCUGCUGCGCUAACGAAGAACGCCGUAUGAAUCUUCAGGCGUUGCCGAAUUUUCUGUGAUAAAGCAAUAAUG